AUGGAUAAAUCUAAUAAACUCCAAAAAUUCGAAGCAAUUUUUCCAAAGCUUAUUGAAGAUUUACUCGACCAUGCCAAAGCACAUCAUUUGCCUGAUGAGUUUGUAAAAUGGUAUGAAACUUCUCUUCACGCUAACGUAGUUGGUGGAAAAUGUAAUCGUGGCAUGUCUGUUCCAGAUUCAGUCUCUACACUUAUUGGUGCCCCUCUCUCCGAAGAUGAAUAUUUUCAAGCCGCAACACUAGGUUGGAUGACAGAGCUGCUUCAGGCCUUUUUCCUCGUAUCAGACGAUAUCAUGGAUGCCAGCAUAACACGUCGAGGGGCACCCUGCUGGUAUAAACAGCCAAAAGUCGGUAUGAUUGCAAUCAACGAUGCUUUCUUGCUCGAGUCAGCUAUUUAUACUCUUUUGAAGAAGUAUUUUCGCUCUCACCCUCGAUAUAUUGAGCUGGUUGAAUUGUUCCAUGAAACAACAUACCAAACCGAAAUUGGGCAACUUUGUGAUCUACUCACCGCUCCUGAAGACAAGGUCGAGCUAGAAAACUUUUCUAUGAGUAAAUAUCAGUUCAUAGUCACUUACAAAACAGCAUACUACUCUUUCUACUUACCAGUCGCCCUUGCGCUUUACUUACAGGAUAUUGCCACACCAAACAAUCUUAGGCUUGCUGAAGCAAUCCUAAUACCACUAGGCCAAUAUUUCCAGAUCCAAGAUGAUUACCUAGAUAACUUUGGUCUGCCGGAACACAUUGGUAAAAUUGGAACAGACAUAAUGGAUAACAAAUGCUCAUGGCUCGUAAAUCAAGCACUUGCUAUAUGCACGCCUGAUCAAAGGAAGGUCUUGGAGGAAAAUUAUGGUCGUAAAGAUCAAGAAAAAGAAAAAAAAGUCAAAGAACUAUAUGAAGAACUUCAGCUUGAGCAGGUUUACAAAAAUUAUGAAGAGAAGCGUGUUGGUGAGAUAAGAGAAAUGAUCGCAAAUAUUGAUGAGUCAGAAGGCUUGCGGAAAGCUGUUUUUGAAAAUUUUUUAUCGAAAAUAUACAAGCGUAGCAAAUAA